AGAUUUCCUGUUAUAUUGAGCUUUGUCAAUUUUGUUGUUGUUUUGUAUUAUGUACAAUUACUACUUCUAUUUCUUAACUUAAAUUUUUUGUCUCAUUUGUCAAAUUGAAUUGGUACAUAUUUCAUAUAAAGUGAAAAAAACACACACUAUUUUUAAAGAUGCACUCUUACUCCCAAACAAGACUUAUCAAAAUUAAUAUUAUUGUUUUGAUUUUUCAAAAUUGGUUGAUAGAUGUCAACAACAAUGUUUCUAAUGAAGGAUUUUGAGUUCAAUUUGCUAAUAAGAAUGAACAUAAAACAUGGUAUUUCUGCCUUGUGAUACUAUAGAAGACCACAGUAAAUCUUUUAGCAAUCACCAAUCAUUUAAUAUUUGUCAUGCUUUCUGCUAUUAUAAACAGAGUCACAAGCUUGUUAUAAAUCAGUAAACAAUAUUUCAGUAAAUGCAUUAUUUAGUAAGUAGUUAUUGUUUUAUCAGUCAAUUUGAUGUGUGUUAUAAAUACAAUUAUAUGCAGGGCUUCCAUUAAAGGAAGUAUAUUACUCCUUAGAAAUGGGUUUAAACUUUCAAAAUUGAUUUCUAGGAAGUACAAAAACUUCCAUAAUUUUGAAGAAAACCACCAAAGUAGAAAGCUUGUGUCAAUAUUUAUUUUAUGGUCACAAUUUCAAUCAGUCUUAUGAUAAAAUUAAAUAAAAUGAGUUAUUAUAAUAUAAGUCUUUGAAUUUGUUUUUACAACGCAACGGCUGGUUCCCGACUUGCACUGAUUUUUUUAUCUAAAAACCUGGGAAAAGACUAGUACAUGUGAUCAAUCAUGGCCCCGACCAAGGAAUAUUCUUCGAGCUUUGAAGGCUGGGAGAGAUGGCAAAUCGCAGUGGCAGUAGGGGCACCAAUAUGUUUAGGCUUAGCGGGUUUGUGGUAUUAUAACCGGUCAAAGAAAUCUGGGCCCUCAUCAAAGGGUUCAUCGAAGCCGAAAGAAGAAACUGGCGACAAGGAAAAGGUCAAACCGCCGGCGCAGUCUCCUAGCAAGAUCACAAAGCUACAACAAGCCCAGGAGCUGAAAGACCGGGGAAACAAAUCCUUCAAAGCCGCCAAGUACGAUGAGGCAAUCACAUUUUACACUCAGGCCAUCGAAGUGUGCCCCGCAGAAAAUAAAGCAGAACUGUCCACAUUCUAUGCUAACAGAGCUGCAGCUUAUGAAAAACUUAAAAGCCCACAAAAAGUCCUAGAGAACUGUACAGAGGCUAUCAAACUGAAUGGUAAAUACACAAAGGCCCUGAACCGGCGAGCCCAAGCAGCGGAACAGUUGGGAGACCUGCAGAUGUCACUAGAAGAUGUGACAGCUGUAUGUAUUCUGGAGGGAUUCCAGAACCAGGCCACCUUACAAAUGGCUGACAAAGUGCUCAAGGCUCUUGGCAAAGAAAAGGCAAAAGAAGAGCUACAGAAAAAGAAGAAGAGCAUGCCAUCGAAGCAUUUCUUGAAGUCAUACUUUAGCUCCUUUACCCAGGACCCAGUACAGCAGUUUGUGGAGCCGGAGGAGAAAAUCCUCAACAUUCCAGUGGAUGAUGAAUCCAGCGAAGAAAAUGCUGGUCAGUCAGGAGCCGGUGACAAUCCCGCAGUUAAUGGGCUGUCCUCAUCAGCAUUGAAAAGUGUUUUCAGUAAGGCAGUGGUCUGUUUGAAAGGGGGGGAGUAUGAGCGGAUUAUCCCCCUUUGUACUGAAGAGCUGGGCCUCACUCCCCCCUCCCCUCACCAUCAGCUAGCCCUGCUGCUCAGGGGAACCAUGUUUAACCUCACUGCACAGAACUCUGAGGCAGUUGAAGACUUUGAUCAACUUCUGGGAGUUGAUAAUUUAGAUAAAAAAGUUAAAGUAAAUGUAUUAAUAAAGCGUGGCGGCCUAUAUAUAAACCAGGACCGGCGUACAGAUGGCUUAGCUGACUUUGCCCAUGCAAUAAGGAUAGACUCUAGUAACUCAGAUAUAUAUCAUCAUAGAGGAUAUCAAAAUAUACAAAUUGAUAGACUAGAAGAUGCCAUUCGAGACUUUGAAAACAGCAUUUCUAAAAACCCAGACUUCCCUAAUUCAUAUAUACAAAGAUCCUACGCAGAACACCGACGAGCAGCUGCUGAGCAGAGUACAACCAAACUAGAGAGGGCAAUCAAAUCUUACGAGCAAACUUUGAAGACCUUUCCUGAUAACGCUGAUGGACAUGCCCUAUAUGCUCAGGCAUUAUGUGACCUGGGGCGAUUUGACGAUGCAGACAAUGAGUUUGAGACGGCUAUCAAACUAGAACCAGACAAUGCCAACACCCUUGUACAGCGAGCGUUGCUGAAGCUUCAGUGGAAACAGAAUAUUGAUGAACCGGUUACACUGAUCAAGCAGGCCAUUGAACUGGAUGACAAGUGUGAAUACGCUUAUGAGAUGCUUGGAACUAUCGAGGUGCAGAGGGGUGACAUGGUGAAUGCUGUCAAGCUUUUCAAGAAGGCGAUUGACCUGUGUCGUACGGAGUCUGAGAUGUCCCACCUCUUCUCCCUUCUACAUGCCGCCAAAGCCCAGCUGAAAGCUGCUGAGAUGCUUGAAAUUCCCCUGCCUAAAGAUUUCUCCCCAAUGUAGCCGACCCUUAGAAUUCACCAAGGGAAAGACUUCUGCGUUACCUAAUGUUAAAAGCUUGGGAGACUCUUGCAAUUCCCAGGCGGAAAGACUUCUCUGACAUGGUGUCAUACAUAUUUAAGAUUAUUGAUGUAAUUGUUAUAUUGUUUAGGUGAGAUUUGUUAGACCUGAUUGGUUCAGGGUUGUUGAUUCAUCAUGUGGUAUUGUCUUAGUCUAAAGUUCCUAGUUCACUGGUGGGAAAGCCCGUCUUUCAACACUCAUGUAUGAUAAGUCACCCACAACAUGCACCACUUCUUAUUUCUUUUAUUGUAUGGUAUAUGAAAAGAACAUAAUGCCAUUUCUAUAAAGCACAAUUAAAUAUAUAAGUAUGCAAGACUUUAAAAAUGAAAUUAAAUAAUCAUCAAAAACUAUUUAAUAGUGAUAUAAAAUUUCUUUGCUUUAUGACGUCAGUAAACAUACGUCACACGCGCUUUUUAAUGAAAUGUAAGAAAAUUAGUCUUCUACAUCAAGUUUUCAUCAAAUUGUCAACUUCAGGUAUGCAAAGAAAUAAAUCAAUCUUGUUUUUCAUGUCGGAAUAGAAACAUCUGACCCGUGGGCACGCUGCGCGGUCGGUAAUUGGCAAGCUACUUUACCAGCUUACACGCCUGCCCUUGGGUCAGAAAGACAUGAUAGAUACUUAUGGUAAGAAGUAUCCCAUGUAGUAUUCUUAAACUAUGUUUCCUCUUCUGGCAGAAUAUUGCGCCAUUUUACAUUUCCUAAGCAAUGAUUUCAAUUUCUAUGUUGCCAUGAAUGAACUCCGCGUAAUUUGCUAAAUGUUUGUUCCUUAUGAACCAUUUAGUUUAGGGGAGACCAUCUUUUGUGAUAACAAUUCACUUGUCUAAAACUUAUUUGUUGAUGAUUUGUUCAUGUUGUAGCGAUGAUGUAAUGUAAAUGGUCCAUCUGUCUUGAUACUGUAUUAGCUAGUCAGAGAUGUUUGUAAUUAGGACUACGCUGGCUGUCAUUCAACCAUUCAAUUGACCAAUCAAUGCAUUCUUUGACUACCUCUGACACGUGAACAAGUUGGAGUGAGGCUUCCAUCCAUGUAAUGUUAAUUGAUAACAUAAACGUAGAAUUGGUAAUUUUUUAAGAUUAACAGAUGUGUGGUAGAUAACCUUGCAUGUGCAGGUAAAAUGUAUCAGUAGCAUAAUUUCUGCAGUUGAAUAUAUAUGAUAAAUGCAAUAAGUUUGAGGGAAAACCAUGUUUGUUAAGAUUGGUGUUGUCAAUACCGGAUGCUCCAUUGUAUAUAAGGGUGUUAACGGUCACUUUUCAAAGAGGGAGGAAAAGUAAAAUAAUAAUUAAAUUAAAAGCUUCUAAAGCUUCCAAAUUUAUGAUAAAUACAUUUAGUGUCAAGUUUUGUAACAUUCUUUUAAUUUACAGAAUUUGCUUAGAAAUUCUACUUGUCAUUAAGAUGAGUUGUUUGAAUAUUUUUUGAUACAUUCUAUUAAACUGUCUGUUGUGUUUUGUAUAUAUUUAACAUUGCAGUCUUCUAUGAUGUACAUCCAUUUUUUUCAAUUUGUAUAGUAUAUAGAUUGUACUACAUCAGUUAGGGUACUUAGAAUACGGUGAAAGGCACACAAUGGGUGAACGUCAGGCACACCAUGGGUGAACGUCAGGCACACCAUGGGUGAACGUUAGGCACACCAUGGGUGAACGUCGGUGUUGUGGUAAUGCAUUUUAAUAGUAGAUUUUAAAUGAAGGAUUUCAGUGUGACUAAGUUAUAGAAUGAAGAGGUUGGUGAACACAAUGUGUACUUGUCUGUGUAGCCACACAUAUAUGGCAAGGUUUCAAAUGAAUUAAGCACGUUAAAACUUGGUACUUCUGGGCUCAAUGAUACUAGCAAAUUCACUGCCCUCAUGCAUAAUACAUGCCUUUUUAAACAUGUGCAAUGUGCACAUACCUGGAUGAUGUGGUAUUAAUAAUUUGUAACACAUAGAUUUACAUGUUGUGUUUUGUGACCUCUUUAUGCAGUUUGACCACUUACAAUUUAUCUUAUAUUCUAUUUGUUUAUGAAACAUUUUGUUAUUGAUGCAGUAAUUAAAUAUCAAAAUAACCAAGA